AUGAAGGUCACCGCCGAUAGUGGGGUCUAUGCGGUGAUCGCUCCGAACAUGGGGAAGCAGAUUGUGGCCCUGCAAGCCGCCAUGGAGAGGAUGGGCCGAGACUUUCCAGGAGCCUUUGGAGGCUACAAACUGGAGGUCACUGAGUCUCAUCAGAAGACCAAGGCGGAUACCAGUGGUACGGCGAAAGCCAUGGUGGGGUCCUUUCAGCAGCUAGGGGUGGAGCCCUUUAGCCAUGAUCAGAUCCAAAUGCUUCGGGACGAUGCGUCUCAAGCAGCCUUCGGGGUGCCGCCGGAGUUCUCCACGGGUCAUGCUUGGCACACCUACACCUUGACGAGCCCUGAUGGAUCUGUUCAGUUCCAGUUCAAGCACAACGUUUGCGGCCGACGCACCUACGGUGAGGGUGUGGCUGAUGCGGUGGAGUUCAUCGCACGGAAAGCCCUGGAGAAAUCCGAGAAGAAGGCGAAGUAG